GAAGGCCACGUUAUGAUCCAGCAACAGCUGAGACAGCUCCUGCCAGAGAGGGAGGUGAAUCUUUCUGCUGCCCUUGCCCUGCUCUGCGGCUCGGCGGCAGCCGUGGUGGUCUGGAAAUGGCUGGGCAAAAGGCAGAUCCAGAAGAAAAUCGAAGAUGCUCAGAGGACCCGGGAUGAGGGUGUGAAGAAAAUGGCAAAGGUUGUCCAGCAGUUCAGGGAGCAGGUCCCCAGUGUCCAGACGGAUGCCAUCCUGUCCCUGCCCCUGCUGGAACUCACUGGGAGACUGCAAGAAGGGUCUCUGUCCCCCAAGACUGUCCUCUACACCUACUUAGAGAAGGCCCUGGAAGUGACCCAGCAGACAAACUGCUUACGACAUUUUAUCCCAGAGUGUGAGGAGCAGCUCCAGAAAAUACAACAGCAGAGGGAGAAAGGGCUGCUCUAUGGCAUCCCCGUCAGCAUCAAGGAUCACAUUGGCCACAAGGGGCAUCUGUCAACCUGUGGGCUUGCGCAAUGCCUGGGCACUCUGGUGCAGGAGGACAGCGUCCUAGUCAAGGUUUUGAAGAGACAGGGGGCCAUCCCAUUUGCAAUGACCAAUGUGCCGCAAUCCCUCUUCAACUAUGACUGCAGCAACUCCAUCUUCGGCCAGACCUUGAACCCCUUCAACCACCAGAAGAGCCCCGGGGGCUCCUCGGGAGGGGAGGGAGCUCUGAUCGCAGGGGGAGGCUCCAUCCUGGGCAUCGGCUCAGACAUCGGUGGCAGCAUCCGCCUGCCCUCCAGCUUCUGCGGGCUGUGCGGGCUCAAACCCACGGCCGAAAGGCUCAGCCUGUCCGGAGUGAGUGGCCCAGUCAGUGGGAUCCUGUCAGUUCCUUGCGCGCUGGGGCCAAUGGCGAGGGACGUGGACAGCCUGGCCCUGUGCAUGAAGGCGCUGCUCUGCCAGGAGAUGUUCCAGCUGGACCCCACUGUGCCCCCCAUCCCCUUCGAUGAGGAGGUGUACUCCAGCUCCGCUCCCCUGCGGGUCGGGUACUACGACACAGACGGCUACUUCCCUCUGCCCCCCUGCAUGCGGCGGGCAGUGCAGGAAACCAGGGGGGCUCUGCAGGCAGCCGGGCACCAGCUGGUGCCCUUUUCUCCACCUCGGAUCCACUAUGUCAUGACUGAACUGUUUUUGAAGACGUUUUUUGCUGACGGAGGCUGUGCUUGGCUGGAUGUGUUCACAGGAGAUAUUGUAGAUCCAAGCUUGAAAUCACAGGUGAAUUGCUGCAAGAUCCCAACUCUGGGGAAGAAGCUGCUGGCUCUGAUUCUUAAACCUCUGUUUCCCCGCCUGGCUGACUAUCUGAGUGCCUUGGGUGGAAUGAGGUCAGUGAAGGAGAUGUGGAAUCACCACCAUCAAAUAGAGGUAUACCGCACUGAGUUCAUCGCCCAGUGGAGGGAACUCCAGCUGGAUGUUGUGCUGUGCCCUGUCCUGGGCCCUGCCUUCACCACGGGAUACCCCGGGAAACUCCUCACUGCCAUCUCCUCCACAAUGCUGUACAAUGUCUUGAACUUCCCUGCUGGGGUUGUGCCCGUCAGCACCGUGACAGAAGCUGAUGAGGAAGAGCUAAAGCUUUACCGAGGAUACUGUGAUGACCCCUGGGACCGAACGCUGAAACAGGCUGUGGCAGGAGCCGUGGGGCUGCCUGUGGCUGUGCAGUGCGUGGCCUUGCCGUGGCGGGAGGAGCUGUGCCUUCGCUUCAUGAAGGAGGUGGAGACCCUCAGCCGUGAGAAGAGAGCGGGAUAG